AUGUCUUCAUUCAAUCCUUUAGCUACUAUUUUGAGUCAAAAACCAAUGGAUGGUACAAACUACAAACAAUGGAAAACAAAUCUGGAUAUUGUUCUUCAAUAUGAAAAGCUCAAUUUUGUUCUGACCACCCCUAUACCAGCGCAGCCUGCUGAAGAUGCGCCUGAGGCAACAAAGGCCCAAUUUCAACAGGAGAAGGAGAAAUGGGAGAAGGCAAAUGUGGCAGUUCGCUGUUACAUUUUAGCCAGUCUUGCCGAUCACUUUCAAGAGCAGGUAAGCAUGGUUGAGAGUGGAGCAACUAUGCUCCAGACUCUUGAUGGCAUGUUUGCUACAUCUAGCAGCUCUGCUAGGCAGAUUGCGCUGAAUGCUGUCACUAAGACAGUAAUGUCUGGAGGAAGUGUGCGGGAUCAUUAUUUGUCAAUGAUUGCAAACUUCAAGAAGGGUGAGGAUCACGGGGUCAAGUUUGAACAAGAAGUAAAAGUUGACCUUCUCUUGCAAUCACUGCCUGAAUACUUCACUCAAUUCAAGAUGAAUUAUAAUAUGAAUAAGAUGAAUCUUAAUCUUACUCAACUUAUGCACGAGCUUGAGAGUGCUGAACAGUCUCUAGUCAAGCAGGGCAGUGCAUUUUAUGCUGGUGAAAGUUCUGUGAAACCUAAGGGGAAACCCAAGGGGAAGAACAAGAACAAGAAAAAGAAGAAAUCAGGUAUUCCAGUUGCCAAACUAGUUGCAAUGAAGUAG